GACGGGCUGCUUCUUCUCCACCUCUGCUGAGCGGCGCGCUGAUACAGCGGAGAUGCGUCUGCGCGUGUGGAAGUCUGACAAGGCUCUGAUUGGCUAAAGAUGACAUCAUCCAGUCAUAGAUCUAUUGUUGAAAAGAGGAUGAGCUCAUCGUUUAGAAGCCAGUUUGUGGACGCAGAGUGAGGACGGAGGCAACAGAGCACAUCGGUGGACCGAGAGAAGCAGACCGCUGACCGAGACCUGCUCCGGGCUUCUGCUACAAGAAAAGGACGUGUCGGCGAUUUGAAACAGGGACACCUACAAUAUGGUCUGGUCCCGGGAGACAGAGGCGGAGCGGCCUCCGCUGUCCGUCAUCCUCCCGCGGCUCUACCUCGGAGCGGAGAGCGACUUGACGCAGGACCGGCUGGCCUCUCUGGGUAUCUCCUAUGUGCUGAGUGUGAGUCGCUGCAGCCCCCAGCCAUCCUUUCUGCCUCACUCCAGAUACCUUCGCAUCCCCAUUGAUGACUCCCUGUGGGACGACCUGCUGCCCUGGAUCCCACAGGCUCUGCACUUCAUCGAUGCAGCCAUGUCCUCUGGUGACUCCGUGCUGGUUCACUGUGCAGCAGGAAUCUCUCGCUCCCCGGCUCUGGCUGUAGCCUACAUCAUGUACAGACUGGGAAUGGACCUGGACCACGCCUACAGGUUUGUGAAAGAGCGCCGGCCCUCUAUUUCCCCAAACUUCAACUUCCUGGGUCAGCUGCAGCACUUCCAGGGCACUCUGAGCCAGAAGGACUCUGGUGGCGACCUCCUCAUGCAGCAGCUGCACAAUCAUCUGCCAUCCAUCAAUGACGGCGUUAACCAAGCGCACAUCAGUCGCAACUUGAAUACUCAGGCCGACAGUGUGACCAGCGACUCAGCAGAGAUCAAGCAGACACAGAGAGAGAAUUCCUACCACACAGACAGCACAACACAGCAAAGACACUCACAUUUAGAUGGGAAUGGGAACCAGCAGGUUUCAGGGAAACUUCAGACUCUUCAUUUGACUCUUAAUCAAGUCCAGCAGCAAGUCCAGAUGCUAUGUGAGGUUCCAGCUUCAAGCCCCUGUGAGCCGGUCAGACCAGCAGCAAAGCCUGCUCAACUGCACCUCCCAGCAGGCUCUGCUUCUCUGUUAGAGAAACGAAAAAGUCUCACCCUCUUUUUGACCCCUGUGGAAAUCUGCCCUACCUCCUUAGCAAGCAGCAGGCAGCGAGCAAGAGGCACGGCCACGCCCAAAACCGCCCACAGUAGGGAGACGGGAGAAAAGCCUGAGGCAAAGACACAGAGUAACACUGGCUGCCACAGGCAGACAGAGGACACCUGCCGGGAGCAGAGCCCCCCCCACAGCAAGUGCAGCACAGCAGAGGUAAAGGAGCAGGGCCUGCUGUCGCCCUUCAGCGUCACUCUCAACAAGCUGCUGGGCUGGGGGGAGAGGGUGCUGCUGGGAGGGGUGUUUGUCCAGCCUGCACUGCCGUACAGGUGCUGAGGGGGCUGGAAUGAAGGAGGCUGUUUGUGUCUGUGCAUGUUUGUCAAAUUGAAAUAAACCACACUAUGUGGGUCAUACAUACAGGAGGUCUUCUAUUUAUGUAUUUAUUUAUUUAUGUAUUGCAGAGCUGAAUUUAAGAACUAUACUUACAAUACACAAUAAACCCACACAAAUGCAUCUUGUUUAUUACACAUUGACAGUUGUCAGCUUAUCUGGACAUUUGUAAGAUUCCGUAAGAUUUCUCGCACAAUGGUUCAAGAUGUAUUUACUGAUUAUUAAAGAUGACAUUUCAACCGUG